CUUUUUUGCUUGCGAGCCGUUCCAACACGUCAUAUCGGCUCACUAUCACCUAACCAUGGCGCCUACGCUUCCAACACAAGCGCCAGCCUCGGCGGCAACAUCAAAAAUAGCAUCGACCGAAUUUAGGCUGGGCGACAACGAUAUGUCGGACGCGAGCGAUUCUGACCAAUCACAAUCCAAUGAGCGGAGCUUGUCGCCGUCCAGGCAGGGGAUGGGGAAAAUCAGGAAGAAGAAGGAACGCAGACAGUUUGGUGCGCUGGCGGAGGAACUCGGCGAUCUUCUCGGUAGUGCGUUCAAUCCCGAGGAUGGCACGUCUGCGGCCGUUGGUGUGGGUGAAGUGCAGCAAGCGACUGACGACCAAGUUAUGGAUAUUGAAUCAACAUUCACCGGCAAGAAGAUGAACAAACGCACCCGCCAAAAUCUGCAAAGAAUGGAAGCCCGCCAGAAGCGUGACAAGAUGCAGGUGGGCUCAAGUGAACACAACACGCGGUCCAAAUCUACUACUACUGCAGAACGAGGAGGUGUCACAAAGAAGAACAAGAAGCUGACGCCGACGGAGAAGAGGAGAGCCAGGGAGAAGGAGGCGAGGAUUAGGAAGGCGGUGGAUGCUAUGGGGGAGAAGAUGGAUAUUGAGUAGAGUAGGGAGGAGAGUGAGUGUGGGGAGGUACGGGGGUAGUUCGCAGCUCCAAUCUCUCUUUUCCCAUACCAAGUUUUUUUAUACUUCUUCAUGUCCCUCGGCGCAUUGACGUAAUCACUAGUUGCGGGGCUAGUCUUUCUCUCUGUUUUCCCGUCAUCAGAUGCCAAGACUACUUAUGUGAUUUCACUUGCUUCCACGAUCUUUGCGUUUGUCCCUCACCUC